AUGCAAGCAAACGACGACGUUCGAAACUUCGCGGCGGACAUCCAGAAAAUCAGAACAUGGAACCGCAUAUAUGAGAAGAAGAUGGAGCUGUUUCACUUGAAGAAGUUAAUUCGGCAAGAAAUGGCAGCAGCGUCAGCGGAAAGCGCGAAACAAACGGAAAGCACAGAAGGAAGAGGCAAAACGGACGGGACAGACUUCAAUAAAAACCGCAACGAAACGACGCCGACCAGUGUCAACGCAGGUAAAAGCAAACUGUCCUUUUUUCUGACCGCCCCCUUAUCGUACGAUAACUAUUUUAAUUUGAAAAAAACUGAAAAGAAUGGCACGACAGUGUGUAGGAAGGAAAGGGGAAAACUUCUAACCACAAAGGAGUGUGCGCUGCCUGCAAAGGGUGAUCAUGGUGCACGCAAAGAGAGUGGCAAUAGAAGGGAAAAAUGCUUAUCCAGUGGGGGAUUUUAUGCCAACGGGGGAAUGAAUACAAAUGGUGAAGAAAACGUUCCCGCGAAGAGUGAUCAGAAGGAUGACAAACCAAAUGGCAAAAACGCCCAGUGGGAGAAAACUACACUCUCUCUUGAAAAAAAGAAAAAUUAUUUUACCUGCAUGAGCAAGUAUCUUGAUGGUUACAUAAAGGAGCAGGUAAAGAAAGGAGUGCCCGAUCAUUUGAGAGGAUUCGUAUGGCAGAUAUUAGUACAGUCAUAUGAAUACAAAAAGGACAAUAAUGUCACAGAAAAAAAUCAUGCAAAAGAGAAAGGUAGUAAUACCUACCAAUAUUACCUGAGCAUAAGUAACCAAUACGAAACGGCAAUCAAAAAAGACAUGAACAGGACAUACCCCAAGCACAUUUUAUUUAAAAAUAAUUAUGAACAAGGUCAGCAAAUACUUUUUAAUAUUCUAAAGGCUUACAGUAAUUAUAACAAAAGUUUGGGUUACUGUCAAGGGAUGGCAUUUAUUGUGGCGACCUUUAUUCUUUACAUGAAUGAAGAGGAUGCUUUCUACAUGUUGGUAGGUUUGAUUGAGAAGUACCAUUUGAAUGACCUCUUCUCUUCGGAUAUGUCCUUGCUAAAUGAGGAUCUGUUCAUCCUAGACCAACUGCUGCUUUUGUUUUUUCCUAGGAUAUACUUCCAUCUGAGGAAGGAAAACGUACACUCGAGCAUGUUUGCCUCUCAGUGGUUUGUCACUCUGUUCUCCUACAGCAUUAGCAUCAUCUACGUAGUUAGGAUUUGGGACUUUUUUUUCAUUUAUGGUCACUCCUUUUUAUUUAAAGUGGCCCUGGCGUAUUUUAAGCUGCAGGAGGACGCCAUUCUGAGGGAAUCGUUUGAGGGGAUUCUGAACAGGUUGAAGGUCCUGUCCAGGCACGUGGAGUUGGACCUUCUGAUUGACACGGCUCUGGGGCUGGACCUACCCCAAGGAACAAUUGCACGUCUCUCUGCAGAAUACCGUGCGGGUAGCGGCAAAAUGGUCCAGAAAGUCGUCAGAGAAUUCAUCGACGGGAAGAUGGAACUCUUUCAUAAAGAAGGAGAUGAACUCUGA